AUGGAGAAUCAAAACCAAGCCGUAUCAUCAUCAGAGAACAAUAACGGAUAUCAAACAACAACGGAAGAAAACAAUGAUCCAUCAAUUUUGUACUCCAUUGCACGAGAGAAAGGUAAUGAACAACAAAUAAUAGGUCGAAUCGUGUGUCUACCUGGUGGUUUUAAUCUCAACGGCAAAAGAUCACCUCCCAAUACGAGCCAUAACGUUUUUGUGGGUGAUAUUCUCAAAAUAACACUCAACGAUGACUCUCCAUACAAAAACUCUCUUAAUAACAUGCUCUGCCAAUUGGUUGUAAAUGAUCAAGUACAAUCAGAGAAGGGGUUUGAUGACUUGGGUGAAUGUAACAUUUCUAUUCCCAGAAACAACAAGGGAGGUGCAGGAGGUAAAAGUAGAGUGGCUUUGAUUAAAUUCGUUCAUAGAAAAUCAGGCACAAACAAUCAAGGAGUGGUUGGUCUGAGCAAAUGUUUUUGGGUAAGAACCAAAACCAAGAAGGAGACCGCAAUUACGUCAUCACAGGUAAAGAAGAAGCAAGAUUCUUCAAAGAAAAGAGACCUUGACACUGAAAGCAAUUGCUCCUUCAAUUCUCAAAGCACAACGACGACAACCACUAAGAAGAGAAAGAAUUCUUCUUCGACUGAAUCGGUUAUCACCUAUUUUGAUGGUUCAUCAUCAUCAUUCUCUGACAUUGAUAGAAUUUUUAAUGACGAUACUAAUAACACAACAACAACCAUGCCCACAACAACAACGAUCACGAAUCCAUUUAUCGACGAAGCCAAUCAAGCCGCUCCCAACGUUGUCACUUCUGCGGGGUUUACCACACCCACAAUAACCGAUAUUGAACGUGUGAAUAUGGAAAAUAGAGAACUCAAACAAAAAGUUGCAGAAUUGGAAAUGACCUUGCAGAGACUUUAUGAUGAUAUCAGAGAGGGAAAGUUUUCAGUUCCUGCAACUUCUCGAACAAAUUUGCAUAUUGAAACCAGAGCUUCCGAGAACGCAAUGUAUCAGACUGGUCCAACAAGAGCUUUUGUCUCUCAACAAGCUACAUCUCCUUUCAACUGUAGACCGUUACCCUAUGGUUACUAUCAGCAACAACAUUCGGGCCUUUCUCCUUUCAUGGCAUCAAGUUGUUCCUCACCAAACGAUGCCUUGUCACCAACACUGUCGUUCUUUUCAAUGAGUCCACCCAGAGAGUUUGAAUCCUAUUAUGACACUUAUGACUUUUCGAAUCAGUAG